AUGUCUGCGAUGAACAAGUAUCUAAUACAAUUUGCUCAAUCACACGAAGAAUUUCGUUUACCAGAACUUGAUUCCUUAGCGAAACUAUACAAUGUUUCAUUAAAAUACAAUAUACAAGAUUACAAAAAGGAUUCCCCUUUUUUUAUUGUUGAAGUUGCUUCGGACGAAGCAGCUACUUGCUUGGUUAAGCGUGCUAUUCUAAUAAAAAAUAUUUAUGAAUUAUGGGGGUCAGGUGAAACAUAUGAUCAAGUUCACGCUCAAGUCACAGAUUCGAAUCAGACUUUUAAAUUUAUAGUGAAAGCUUUUGGAUCGACAUGUUCAGCCGAAUACCAGCUACGUGUCAUCAAUUCUUUUUCGUACUUGGGAUUCAAGGGUCCCAUCGACUUGAAGAACCCGCAGGUAUUAUUUUCGGUGAUGGAAGAUUACGGAAUAGAACUCAAUGCACCACUGCCACCGGAUUAUCCUUGUGCAAUUUAUUUUGGCAGAUUUAUUGCAUCCGGAGAUAGAGAUUUAAUACAGACGUAUAAUGUUAAAAAACGAAAUUAUAUUGGGAAUACCACGAUGGAUGCUGAAUUGUCGCUAAUAAUGGCGAAUCAGGCACUUGCAGCUCCUGGUAAACUUGUUUAUGAUCCUUUUGUGGGUACAGGCAGUUUCCUUGUUACAUGCGCGCAAUUUGGUGCUUAUACUUUGGGCUCGGAUAUUGACGGAAGACAGAUUCGCGGACAAGGAAACAAGUCGAUAAAGACAAAUGCACAACAGUAUAAUGUUCACGGCAGAGUAUUGGAUAAUUUGGUCUUUGAUAUUUGCCAUCAUCCAUGGCGCGAGAAUUUAUGGUUUGAUGCUAUCAUUACUGAUCCUCCAUAUGGUGUACGAGCAGGAGCAAAAACUCUUGGUCGUAGACAUGAAAAGAAAUCGACAAAGCCAAAAACGACAAACGAGUUACCAGCUCAUGAACGCGGGAAUUACUACCCGCCUACAAAACCUUACGAAAUGUCCGAAGUUCUUGUAGAUCUUUUAGAAUUUGCCGCGCGAUUCUUGGUAGUUGGUGGACGGCUUGUGUACUGGCUACCGACCGUUGUCGAAGAAUAUACGAAUGAAGACAUUCCAAAGCACCCUUCCAUGAGAUUGAUAUCCAACAGCGAACAAACCUUUGGCGUCUGGAGUCGUCGAUUAAUCACAAUGGAAAAAUACAGAGAAAAUGUGACGGGUAUUUAUCAUGCAACAGUCAACAAAGACUACAAAGGAUUAGAAAGCAUUUAUCAGACAGGCGCUGGUAUCGGCGUUGGUGAAACUCGAAAUUCGAAUGGCUCUAAAUUGAUUAACACUAAUAACAAUGGUGAUUAUAUUGAUCAAGAUGAUGAUCAACGAAAACCCGGGCAUUAUCUGUUUAGGCAAAAGUACUUUUCUUCUAAAUCUCAAGAAAAAUCCAAACGGGAAUGA